UGCUGCCACGACAGUGAAAGACAGAAGCUCAUAUAGGCUACAUAAGAUAGACUGCAGACAUGGAGCCAGGAUCAACUGUCAGCGCUGUGCGGAGCCAGAGGGUUUGGUAUGGAGAGGAAAUUCGACCUGCAGUUAUCAUAAUAAAGGAAGGGAAGAUUCACAGCAUUCUGCCUGAUUCAGAAGCUUCAGCGCACACAGCUGGAAAGGUAGUGGAUGUAGGGAACAGUCUGAUAAUGCCAGGUAUAGUGGACUGUCAUGUUCAUGUUAAUGAACCGGGCCGUACCUCCUGGGAAGGGUAUUGGACUGCCACACAAGCAGCUGCUGCUGGAGGAGUCACCACAAUUGUAGACAUGCCUCUAAACAGCAUCCCACCAACUACAACUCUUAGAAACUUUCAUGAGAAGCUGGGAGCUGCAACAGGACAGUGUUUUGUAGACACAGCAUUUUGGGGAGGAGUCAUCCCUGGAAACAAGCUGGAGCUGAGGCCGAUGGUUCAGGCUGGUGUUGCUGGAUUUAAGUGCUUUCUGAUUCAUAGCGGAGUGGAUGAGUUUCCUCAUGUGAGUGACACAGAUCUGCAUGCAGCUAUGAAACAGCUCCAGGGCACAGGAAGCGUUCUGCUGUUUCAUGCAGAGCGAGAAGUCGAGCAUGCAGCUGCUGAGAAAGGGGAUCCACAUGAAUAUUCCACCUUCCUGAGGUCCAGGCCUGACAUUAUGGAGCUUGAAGCCAUCCGUACUGUCACUCAGCUCUGCUUACAAUAUCAAGUAAGAUGCCACAUUGUGCACCUGUCAUCAGCUCAGCCUCUGGAGCUCAUCAGGGCAGCAAGAAAGGCCGGAGCUCCACUGACUGUAGAGACCACCCAUCACUACCUCAACCUGUGUGCAGAGAACAUUCCAGCACGUGCAACUCAGUUUAAAUGCUGCCCCCCGAUACGAGACACAGCCAACCGGGAGCUCCUAUGGUCUGCACUCAAAGCUGGUGAUAUUGAUAUGGUUGUGUCAGAUCAUUCACCAUGCACACCUGACCUAAAGUGUUUAGACACUGGUGAUUUCACACAGGCAUGGGGAGGGAUCUCUUCUCUGCAGUUUGGUUUAUCUUUGUUCUGGACUUCAGCUUCUAAAAGAGGGUUUUCAUUUUCUGACGCAGUAAGACUCUUGUGUAAAGAGCCUGCUCAACUAUGUCGCCUUGAUGACCGAAAAGGGAGUCUCAUUCCAGGUCACGAUGCAGACUUAGUCAUUUGGGAUCCAGAAAAAGAGUUUACGGUGAACAAAGACAACAUACAUCACAAAAACAAGUUAACACCGUACGUCGGUCUUGCUCUGCGAGGGAAGGUGAAGGCCACUGUAGUCCGAGGGAAGGUGGUUUACAGUCACGGCUCUUUCAGUUCUCAGCCUCUUGGGAAGCCUCUCUUUAUUCAGCACAAAACACCGUCCCCUUUGUGAACCAAGCACAUAAAGCACAUUACAUUAUCUCACAUUACCCAUCACUGUUAGGAUGAGGUAGGGUAAAAAUGGUGCUGUGUGGCAUGUCAUUUUAGAGUACAGUUUAUUUCAUUGAUUGUGCAGUAUUCCGGUAUAUAAAAAAAUGCAUUGGGUAACACAACAAACCGUAACUACUACUAAAACAGAAUUAACACUUAAUCUUACUUGGAUAUCAUUCCAAACCUUUAUGACUUUCUUUCUUCUGUGGAAGAUAAGUUAUUUUGAAGAAUAGAAGAGUUCUAAUUGACUUCGAUUCCCAUUGUAUUUUUUUGUCCAUAAAAUGAAUCCAAACAUUCUUUAAAAUACCAUCUUUAAGUAUGCAAAAUAUUCUGUAGACCCGGUACCGGGUCCG